GCGAAGGGAAGGGCGCGUUGCUUGGGGACAGAGGCGGAGAGAAGACCAGAGGGGCAUCAGCCUCGGAAGGAUACACAAGGCUCUAACCAGGCAGCAUACUCGCAGGGGCUCAGCUAGAGCGGAGAUAUGGCUUCUAUGGCAGCUGCGAUAGCUGCAGCCCGGACUGCUUGCACAUCUGGGAACAUGACCCUAGACGAAAAGGAGAGGAACCGUUUUGCCUAUUUCUCCUCUCUGAACUCCAUGGCCAAGAAGAUCAUGCAGGACAAGGAGCGGAUGAGGCUGCGCUACGGGCCGGAGCGGGAGCGGAUUGUGCAGCCCGGGGAGCGGAGGGUACAGCCCGGGGAGCGGAUAGUACAGCCCGGGGAGCGGAUAGUACAGCCCGGGGAGCGGGAUAGUGCCACAGGCAAGAGUAUGGCAGAUGCCCAGAGCCGGGGUGCGCUCCGCAGGGGAGCCGGAGGGUGCCAGCACUGCCAGGGGGUGUCCUGCUGCCCCAUUCUCAGGACUCACCCACAGCACAAGCUUGGGCACUUUAUGGAGGAGGAGAGUGAAAUAGACAGUUCAUCUUCAUUAUAUGAUCAACAUACUUCCAGUAGCCCCAAACAGACAGAAACAAAGCAACCACUGAAACCUGCUGAGCAAAACACCCAACUAACAGAAACACCUCAUGGAAACCAACUUGCCAAGUCAACUGGCAAUUCACCAACGAGAAAGCAUGAGGAGUCAGCCUUUAGGAAGAUAAACCCAAAGCGUUUCAACAAUGAAGGUUUCCAAUCAGAUUUGCCCUCAACAACCCCAAGCCAAAUAAAGCCAUUGGGAGAACAAGACAAACCAAUUCCAAACUACCACAGGCAAGAUUUAUUUCAGAAAGAAGGAUCUGAGAAACCACAUGUUGUGACCAAGCAGCCAAAAACAACAGACCACAUUUUAACCUCUUUUAGACUGGAUCUGGAUGAAACAAAGCCAAGCCAGUCUCCUGUUAGCUCUGUAGAUAGUGUUCUUCUUAAGCAGCCAGAUAACCAAGUACUAUCUGAAGCCAAAAUGGAACCAGAUAUUGAUGAUUAUUUCUCCAUAGAGCCUCAGCUCUUUUCACAGACCAGCACUAGCAAUGUUAUCUUGAAGACGGGCUUUGAUUUUCUGGAUAACUGGUAACAGAGACCUGACCCAUGGGACCCAUUGUGUAUUCUGCCCUGCGGGUUUCCUUACAGCGUCCGAUCUGUCGCAGCCUACCACUGCUCUAACACUAAUUUUCCUUCUGUUGUGACUGUUCAUUUUAAGCGAAUGAAGUCUGGGAUUUUAUUGUUAUAAGGUGCAUCUGCUCUUUUGCACUGUUAAACCUACUUUUAAAUUUUUUUAAAACAUUUUUCUAAACUCUUUUUGUAUUUUUAAGGGAGUAUUUUUUUUGAGCUCAAUACCAGUUAAGUGAAUAGGACUUGUGCUAAACAUAUUUUUUUCUUGUUUUAAAAAAAUCAAUGCCCAUGCUUGUCAGUAAACACGUGGAAGGUACAGAAGUUAGUGUAUUGGCUUUUCUCGGCUGGUGUACAGUGGCUUGCAAAAGUAUUCGGCCCCUUUGAACUUUUCCACAUUUUGUCACAUUACAGCCACAAA